AUGAUUCUGUCCAACACCACGGCCACGACGCCCUUUCUGAACGCGCUGUGGCAGGGGACGGCUCACCAGGGCGGCAACACGUCAGGCCUGGCCCGCAGGUCGCCUGGCGGUGACGACAGCCAGCUGGAGGCACUCUAUAUCCUCAUGGUGCUCGGCUUCUUUGGCUUCUUCACCCUGGGCAUCAUGCUGAGUUACAUCCGCUCCAAGAAGCUGGAGCACUCCCACGACCCGUUCAACGUGUACAUCGAGUCCGACACCUGGCAGGAGGAGGACAAGGCGUACCUCCAGGCCCGGGUUCUGGAGAGCUACAAGGCAUGUUACGUCAUUGAAAACCAGCUGGCCGUAGAGCGGCCCAACGCACACCUUCCCGAGAUAAAACCUCUGUCAUGA